AUGGCCAGCAGAAGUCUGCCUCGCGGGCGGUCGGGAGGUGAAGCAGAAGUUUCUGGCUGGCCAGGCCCAUCUGGUUCGGCUGCCUCCGGGAUUCGUCGCGAAGAUUCUCUCGACCAAGCGGCCAUACAAAACAGGUGUUCCGAGAUUGUUGGUCCUAGCACUGGUCCCGCCGGCCACAUGGAUUCAGAAACGCUGCGGCUCGAUAGUACCGGUCGGCCGAGUGCCAAAACUCCUGGUGGCCGGCCGAUCGCUAGGGCUGCCACCUCAGGAUUCACGGGCAUCGGCUACUCUCGUACGGAUAACAUCCAGACUCAUCUGCCCUACUAUCCCGCUCACCAUCCUCAUUCACCUUUUGUUCUGGGAAACCCGGGUCCCGGUAGCGAAUAUGGCAAUGGGACUACCUCAAGUCUAGCCGGCUACUCACAAACCGGACCUACUGGCCGCUCCGAUCAGCAAAGUCUACAACAAAAUGUACAACUGCAACAGCGACGGCAACCUCAUCAGCAACAACAAAAGGUCGACUCCAGCCCUUCUGCCAUGGGCUCGAAGGCAUCUGAGCCGGUGCCAUUAGCGAAAAUCCCACGGACGCGCCGGCGCACCUUGCCUUCCAUUAUGACUGAACCUCCAGUCAAACCCCUCUCGAGUGGCCCCGGGCAAGCAAGAUCGGGUACUCCGGGCGUCAGGGCUGCCACAAUGCAUCCUUCAAUUUCUCCGUCUCGUACAACUUCCCCUGGCUGGAGGGCGACUGGUGUUGUGCCCCUGGGAAGCCCGAGGAGUACCAGAGAGGAAACGGUGCACAGUACAGAUAAUCUACCCGCUCGCGCAGCCUCCACUUACAUCAUUGAAAACGGCAUUCGGAAACGAGUUCAAGCAGAUGGUGGCUACCGACAGGGUCGACUAGCAGCACUUGUCCCGGCAAGCGAAAUGGCUGGCCCUGGAGACAAGAGCUUAGGAUCGAAAGGGUAA